AUGAGCGCCAGCGAUAGUCGGCAGCAAGGCCGGUUUGGAAAGAGACGAUUCUCGUCACUCUUCUCGGGAAAAGGUAAAGCGGGGAGUGACAAAAGCCGAGACCAUUCAAAUGAUUUUGUUUUUCAAGAGGACAAAUCUGGCACAGUCAAGUUUGACUCUUUGAAUGAACACGACGGAAAAAAUGGGAAACUCCCCAAUGCGGACCCUGAUCCUUGGAUUGAGGCGUACGAAAAACUGCGAAACGACGAGAAAGAAGGGAAACUCGUCAAUGCGUAUGAAAAGAUACUCACUCAUCGUGCUACUGUCAAAAAUAUGGGCACUCGAUAUGCAGAGGAUGAUAUCCGGGCCGAUGCUCCUAACCAAUUCGAAGGCCUUACCGAGGCUGGCAGGGUCGAUAUGAUGAAGGCUACUCUAAGUCCUGUUUUAGAAAGAGCUAAGCAAGAGAAGGCUUGGAAGAAUGUCGCCCUAUACGCCGAAACACUCAUCACAACUGUUGGUAAAGGGGUUGGAGAUACUCUGCAAGCCCAUCCGCCGGCGGCCAUGGCCUGGUCAGGCAUCUGCCUCUUGCUCCCGAUCAUUGUAAAGCCAAUCAAAGAAGAAGAAAAAGUGACUGAGGGGCUAGAGUUUGUAAUGAAUCGCAUGGACUGGUACGUCCCACUGACCAAAGUGGUCUUGCAGCGGGAGUGGCCAGAGAAUGUCGCACUUCAGCAGCACCGAAGCAGCCUUAGAGACGAGGUCGUCGAUCUAUUCAAAUCUCUCCUACAAUUCGAGAUGGAAUGUGCCUGCCGGGCUUACAGCACACAUCCGGUCGUUCGCGUUCUUGGAGACAUUGUCAGCUUGAGCGGCUGGGGAGACAAGCUGGAGGCUAUCAAAAAGCACGGGGAAGCAAUUGAAAAGGAUCUCCAGAGUUAUGGAAUAAACACAUUGGCGGAAUAUUCCUUGCAAACAGCGUCAAACACUAAAGAUAUCUUGACUGAAGUCAAGAAAUUUAACGAGGUUGCCACCAGAGUCGAAACAACGAGGGCUGCUGAGAGGAGAGACGAUCUGGUAGGGCUCAUCUCGCGAUUCGGAGCCACCACGUACCGCGACCAAAUGGAAUUCAACCCUAAAAGGCAUCCAGGUACUUGUGAGUGGUUUUGCAGACACCCAAAGUAUACAUCGUGGUUAAAUUCCACCAAAAACGAAUUGCUUCUCGUCACGGCUGAACCAGGCUGCGGUAAGUCGGUACUGGCCCGAUUCUUGAUCGAAACAGAGUUGCCGUCUCAGCGAGAAGACGCCGUUAUUGGAUACUUCUUCUUCAAAGAUAAUCCGGUGCAGAACAACUUGAUAAACGCACUGAGCGCCAUUCUUCAUCAACUACUGAAUCUCUGCCCGGAUGUUCUUGAUACUCUAGGAACAGAUAUCAAGAAGUUGUCGCCUGAGCUGCUUAAAGACUGUGGCCAGUUAUGGGGGCUUAUCGAGGACGCUUGCAAAAACCUCACGGAGAAAACAGUAUUCUGUGUUUUCGACGCGUUUGAUGAGUGCAAUAGCGACGGCCGUGAAAGACUCAUGCGUCUGCUCGCCUCUCAUCAGUUCAGCAGGAGGCGUAUACGAUUCUUAAUCACAAGCCGGGGCUAUCCGGCAAUUGUUGGACCGUUUCGAUCUAUUGCUGAGAAUCUUGUUCGCCUAGAAGGGGAAGAAAAGAGUGAGAAAGAUCAGUUGCAGAAUGAAAUUGACAUUGUUUUCCGCCAUCGUGUUGAGAGUCUGAUUAAGGACAGGGGGCUCGGCCAAAAGGUAUCUGAGCUGCUGUAUGAACGACUUCACACGAAGGGAAAGGGACAGCGGACAUAUCUUUGGGUUCGUCUCGUCUUCAAAUUCCUAGACGACAAUUACCCACUGAAUCUUGAUCAGUGGGGGGGCCUUUUGGAUCAGCUCCCAGAAGAUGUUCCCGGAGCUUAUGAAAAGCUGUUAUCUAACGUCAAAAGUAUCGACCGUACGCAUGUCGAGACACUUUUACGUCUCAUCUAUGUCGCUGAGGAACCGCUGAGUCUGAGUGCAGCAAACGUAGCUGUUAAUCUUCGCGGUAAAUAUUCGCUAGACUCUUUGGAUGACCUUGGUUUAUCAGAUGAUGAAUCUUUUAAGGAAUGGGUCAUCAACACGUGCGGAUUUUUCAUUACCGACUACGAUGGCAAACUGUUCUUCAUACACCAGACAGCCAAAGAGUUUCUUUCGCCAGUAGAGCAGACUUCCAUGGACAAAUUGGGCUCUGGGAAUAAAAAGGGCUUUCAAUGGAGAGGUUCCUUGAGCACCGAGGAAGAGGCUCAUCUCGCAAUGACUGAAUGCUGCUUAGCCAACCUAGCCACAUACAGGAAACGCCCGGAAACAAAGCAACUUGAAGCACUCAUUGAGGAUGCAUGGGACCGUGAUCAAGCAGUAUAUGCCGAUGGUAUAAAGGAGCUCAAACACCGAUUAUGCGUUUCCGACGGAUUCUUCCAUUACAGCUCAAAAUAUUGGCCGAAACAUUUCCGAGCAGCAAAACUCCACCUCACAGACAUAUGCACUGAUGGUGUAGAGAUUUGGGAUGCGCAUCAAACUGCCAAACAGGCAUUACUUCAAGCCUACCGAUUAGUGAUGACUUAUCCUGCACGUUCCGCAUGGCUGUUGUCAUCUACUAUGAUGGCUGAAAUCGAAGGCCUCAUGAAGCGAUACCGAUAUGGACGUCUCCUAACGGGAGUAAGCUCUGAGUAUGUUGCGAAAUUUGGCAAAGGUUCGGACAAAUUAGAAGCUUGGCCUUCAACGACACUGCUCUCUGUCCGGUGCUCCCCAAUCAUUUUCGCCUGCCUUUUCGGCUUCCCUUUGUUCAUACAAGAAUGGCUUGCAGACAAUGCCAAGGAAAACACAGCGCAAGAUGCUGAACAGAAAGGCCACUCGCACAGCUGCGACGUCGAGGCAAAAUUGGCCUUGGUGAACGCGAUGUUCACGAUUACCGGAAAUGCCCAAGAGAGAGAGUACUGUAUCUCUGAGAUUCUACGCUACGAGACGAAAUUCGCACUUGACGACCUUUCUAGGCUUGAGCGUCUUCUUUGGUUUGGGAAUAAGAUACUCGACGCGGUACCGGGAUAUCUCGACGACGGAGGGAUGGAACUACUCGUUCGUGAUCAGUUGAAGAAGUUUGAAGCAACGAAAAGACCUGAGGAUAAGCAUAGAGGGGACUCUGUCAAGAGAAAACCUAGAAGAGCGGAAACAACUUGA